CGGCGCGCGCAGCCUCCGACCCUAAUUUCUUUGAGCGCCGGAAGAAGGCGGGCCUCUUUCCGUUCCUAGCGCAGCCAUGGCUCGUGGUCCCAAGAAGCAUCUGAAGCGGGUAGCCGCUCCUAAGCAUUGGAUGUUGGAUAAACUGACUGGUGUAUUUGCUCCUCGUCCAUCCACCGGUCCCCACAAGCUGAGAGAAUGUCUGCCUCUCAUCAUUUUCCUAAGGAACAGGCUUAAGUAUGCCUUAACAGGAGAUGAAGUGAAGAAAAUCUGCAUGCAGCGUUUCAUUAAGAUUGAUGGCAAAGUCAGAACUGAUAUCACCUACCCUGCUGGUUUUAUGGAUGUCAUCAGCAUCGAUAAGACUGGGGAGAAUUUCCGUCUGAUCUAUGACACCAAGGGUCGCUUUGCUGUUCACCGCAUAACACCAGAGGAGGCCAAGUACAAGUUGUGCAAAGUGAGAAAGAUCUUUGUUGGCACAAAAGGAAUCCCUCAUCUGGUGACUCAUGAUGCUCGAACCAUUCGCUACCCAGAUCCCCUCAUCAAAGUCAAUGACACCAUUCAAAUUGAUUUGGAGACCGGCAAGAUAACAGAUUUCAUCAAGUUUGACACUGGUAACCUGUGUAUGGUGACCGGCGGUGCUAACUUGGGAAGAAUUGGUGUGAUCACCAAUAGAGAGAGACACCCAGGUUCUUUCGAUGUGGUUCAUGUGAAAGAUGCCAAUGGCAACAGCUUUGCCACCCGACUUUCCAACAUCUUUGUUAUUGGCAAAGGCAAUAAACCUUGGAUUUCUCUUCCCCGAGGAAAGGGGAUCCGCCUCACCAUCGCUGAAGAAAGAGACAAGAGGCUGGCAGCCAAACAGAGCAGUGGGUGAAUUUCACUUACUAUCUCUAUGUGCCAUCGGAAAUAAGAGAUUGUACUUAUAAAAUGGUCUCUGAAUAAAUAAGAAUCAGAGAAUUUUAAAUAAAAAUGAUCUGAUGUGAUUAA